AUGGCAACCAGUGCAAAGUUUAGCGUGAAACUUCUCAUUGAUCAGAAGAGAAACAAAGUCGUUUUGGCUGAGGCAGAUCAGGGUUUCGUUGACGUGCUCAUCAGUCUUUUGAGUCUCCCAAUGGGUAAAAUUGCUCGUUUCCUGGAGAAUCAUAAAGAUUUGCCGACAGUCUUAGCUUGUUUUCAAAACCUUAACAGAAGCGUUACAGAUAUGGGCAUCGAACAUUUUGAGACUGAAGCUUGCAAGAGUAUGUUACUGUCGUCUGUCUCCGAAUAUUUCUUAUGCGAUUCAAUGUAG